AUGGCCCUCGUCCUGGCUGUGACCUUGAUAGCCCACUGCUCCUCUCUGGGCCUCAGGUUCUACAUGCCAGGAUCCCCACUCACCAUAGAGGAAGGCCUCAGGCCAGAGGAGGCAGGUGUUCUGGGUGGGGGUGCCCUGCUCUUCACAAUCUCAGAUGCCACGUUGGCCUGGGAUGCCUUCCUUCAGCCCCACACCCACUUGGUGGUCAUGACCACCUCUUACGCUACCAAGGUCCUCAUCACUCUGUCAGCCGUUAAGGCCCCGGAUCCCGUUACCAUCACCUCCUGUAUCAGCGCCUCGGGGGGCCACAGAGUCAUCCUCACCUAGUCCUGCCCCCCGGGAGGCUAUGAGGCCUUUGAGUUGGAGGUGGGCGGGCCGGGACUCCAGGACAGCUCCUCUUGUGGGAGAGACGUGUGGGUGUCGGGACUUAGGCCGGCUCAGUCCUACUCAGCCACCAUCACGACCGUCUGGGAUGGAAUGAGGGCCCAGUCUGCCUCCGUGACCUGCCACACCGAGAGCACAGGUGCCGUAGUCAGUCCUCUUCUGUUUCUCAACCUGGUGGGCCUGCUGGUUUCCUUCCUGAAGAGGUGAGACUCGAAGAGUGAGAAGAAACCAGCCCCCAGGGAUCUGGUGUUCAGCUUCCCAGGGGACAUCCUGGCUGAAGACUUUGCCGACCACGUCAGGAAACAUGAGAAGGACAGCGGCUGUGGCUUUGCUGAGGAGUACCAGCAGCCGGCCCCGGAGGACCACAGCCAGUCCCAGACGGUGGCCUCAGCUCCGGAGAACAGCGCCAAGAACCGUUACAGAAACGUGCUGCCCUAUGACUGGUCCCAUGUGCCCCUGACGCCCCUCCCUGGGGAGCUGGGCUCUGAAUACAUCAACGCCAGCUGCAUCCCUGGUCUCUGGAGCCUCCGGGAGUUCAUUGCAGUCCAGGGCCCCCUUCCCCACACUGUGGGCGACUUCUGGUGCCUGGUGUAGGGGCAGCGGAGCCCCACACUGCUCAUGCUGACCAACUGCGUGGAGUCUGCCCAGGUGAAGCAUGAGCAUUACUGGCCUCUAGACGCCCAGCCCUGCACCCACGGGCACCUACAAGUGAGCCUGGUGGGUGAGGAGGUGAUGGAGACCUGGACAGUACGGAACCGGAAGCUCUGGCAUAUGCAAGAGCAGAAGACUUCAUCUGUGCGUCAGUUCCUGUACGUGACCUGGUCAGACCAUGGCGUCCCCCACUCCCCAGACCCCUUGCUGGCCUUCUGGAAGAUGCUCUGGCAGUGGCUGGACCAGGCCGUGGGGGGAGGCCCGCCCAUUGUACACUGCCCCGCUGGCGUGGGCCGCACGGGCACCCUCAUUGCCCUGGAUGUCCUGCUGCGGCAGCUGGAGUGUGAGGGUCUCAUGGGGCCCUUCAGCUACAUGAUGGAGAUGUGAGAAAGCCGGCCACAUAUGGUGCAGACUGAGGCCCAGUAUGUGUUCCUGCACCAGUGCACCCUUAGGUUUCUGCAACAGUCAUCCCCAGUGCCCGCUGAGAAGGGGCCCACCUAUGAGAACCUGCUUUUCGAGAAUGUAGCUCCUACAGAGGCCUAA